ACACUCGCGGAAUUCGGAAUCAAUAUAUUCAAUGCCUUGAACUGUCAAAGUCGUUCGAACUGUCACUCUGUGUAGCUGUCUUCGACCGAGAGCGACGAACUACACAAAAUACACACAGACUGCAAUUGAAAAUGUUUUCGCUGGCGUGUAAAAGAAUUUCCAAUUUAAAUCAAUUGCAAAAAAUUGCUUCAUCCAAUUCGAUAGGUGCAAUUAGAAAUUGCUCUGUCGUUGACAAUACACCAAGAGAUGAAGAAAAAGAAUUUCGGGUGUUGAACUUGAAUCCAACAAAAGAUGCCGAUAUCAUACGGAGACGAAGACAAUUCAAUGCCAAUAUCACGGAUCAUCGAUCGAAAAAGAUGAGCGUGAGGCAGAAAUGGGGCAAUGUGUGGCCAGGACCAAGAUCGUUUCAUCCAUCAACGGUGCCACUUCCGAUACGUCAAGGAUAUCUUGUUCCGAAAGACAAUAAACGGCCAGCACCUGACAAGUAUGCCAACGCUGAGCUUAUGAAAAUUCCCAACUUUUUGCAUUUAACACCGCCAGUCAUCAAGCAACAGUGCGAAGCGAUCAAAAAAUAUUGCACUCCAUGGCCGGCUGGUGUGGAAACAGACGAAAAAUGCGAAAAACACUUUCCAAUUGAAUUCAUUUCAACCGAUUACUGUCACGGUUUGCCAACGAUUCGCAACCCACUAUCACGGAUUAUAUCACUUCGCUUCAAACUGUCUUCGUUGCCCCUGGACACGCAUGCAAAAGACAAAUUCCUACGAUUGGUCGACAAUCGAUACGAUCCAGAAACAGAUAUGGUUACCAUAACCGUCGACCGUUGCCCGACGCGCAAACAAAAUUUUGAAUAUGCACAAUACUUGAUGACAGCCGUAUUCCACGAGUCAUUCAUUGUUGAGCCAUGGGAAUCGCUAAAAGUUGAAGCCGACAUGGAAUAUUACGAUUGGCAAAAUAACAAGUCCAAAGAAACCACCGAAGCGAUAUUGAAAUGGGGAAAGCCAAGCAAUGAACCAAUCAAAUCGACCGAUGGUUUUGCCGAGAGUGUCGAGAGAAUUUUCAAUGAAGGCGAAAACGAACCAAACCUUCAACAAUACAAAGAGGAAACGCUGAAAUUGUUAGAGUUAAAAAAUUAAGAAUAAUUAGCAAAAAAUUCUGUUUUUGUGACCAAUAAACGUUUUAAUGAAAU